CCUGGGGCCGCGGACUGCCGGGAGGGAGGUGACCCUCGGGCCGGGGCGGGAACCCGCCUCCGGGCGGCGGGGGCGGCCCCUGGUGUGUGCUCUUGGGGCGUUUAGUCCUUGCAGCUCUUCACCGAGUCUCGCUCUCCUUCACCCGCGCCCCGCCCAGACUCGAGGAAGCUGCCGGGACGCGUCCGGGCCGACAGGGCGGUUUCCGAGAGGCGGAGCUCAGUCGCCCAUUUCCUUUCUCCGUCGGCUAGAACCCGGACGGCGACAGCACCCUCUGGCUUCGGACCCUCCUGCGCCAGGCCCAGCGCUGCGCGUGGCCCCAGCGGCAGCAUGGGCGGCUCCCGGGAUGUGGGCUGGGUGGCGGCGGGCCUGGUCCUAGCGGCCGGCGCCUGCUACUGCUUCUACAGGCUGACGCGGGGCCGGCGGCGAGGCGGCCCCGGGCUACGGCUGCGCCCCUCGCGGUCCGCAGAAGACUUAACCAAUGGCUCAUAUGAUGAUAUCCUAAAUGCUGAACAACUUCAGAAACUCCUUUACCUGCUUGAAUCUACUGAGGAUCCUGUCAUUACCGAAAGAGCUUUGGUCACUCUGGGUAACAAUGCAGCCUUUUCAGUCAACCAAGUCAUGAUUCGUGAAUUGGGUGGUAUUCCAAUCGUUGGAAGCAAAAUCAGCAAUCCCAACCAGAGUAUUAAAGAGAAAGCUUUAAAUGCACUGAAUAACCUGAGUGUGAAUGUUGAAAAUCAAAUAAAGAUAAAGGUGUACGUCAGUCAAGUCUGUGAGGAUGUCCUCUCCGGCCCCCUGAACUCCGCUGUGCAGCUGGCCGGACUGAGGUUGUUAACAAACAUGACGGUGACCAAUGACCACCAGCACAUGCUUAGCAGUUACGUUACAGACCUGUUCCACUUGUUGCUCACGGGAAAUGGAAGCACCAAGGUUCAAGUUUUAAAACUGCUUUUGAAUUUGUCGGAAAAUCCAGCCAUGACAGAUGGACUCCUUGGUGCCAAAGUGGAUUCAUCAUUCCUUUCACUUUAUGAUGGCCAUGUAGCAAAGGAGAUUCUUCUUCGAGUUCUCACACUGUUUCAGAAUAUAACUACCUGCCUUGAAAAGGAAGGCCAUUUAGCUAUUCAGCCAACUUUCACUGAAGGAUCACUGUUUUACCUGUUAUAUGGAGAAGAAUGUGCCCAGAAAAUGAGAGCUUUAGUUUAUCACCAUGAUGCAGAUGUGAAGGAAAAGGUAACAAUGAUACCAAAAUUCUAACUGGUUGGUCAUAUUUUUCCAAAGAGUAAUGCAGUCUAGAAAUAAUACACAUAAACUUCUCAUUUUUCACCUUCCUUACAAAGGGAUUCUUUCAACUGCUGAAUUUAAACAGUAAAUAACACCUUUCAUCAUUAACACAGCUACAACUUGCCCUGGUCUCCUGGUUUAUUUUGGACCAUUUUAUUGAUACCAAAUGAAUAUAAGAGCUUGUUCUGAAACCAUUUUCUUUGUUUUUUAUUUUGCUUUUUGCUAAGCUACUUCAGUUAUUUCCUCCACACGGACUGACAGUGACCUUUUUAUGUGUAAGCUACCCUUCCACUGUUGGCAGUGGUUUGCAGUUAUUCAUCUGGGACAGCAGCAGUAUGUUUCAUAAGCGCCCUAGGAAGGACCUUGUUCUUUUAGUAGUGAUGAGAUUGAUCCCAUACUCCCAAGGCCACCUGCCACUCUUUCAGGUCUGUUCUAAUCAUUAGAAUCUAUUCUAGUCCAUGAAAACUGUAAACUGUUGUUAGGAGAAAUGUUUCCUAGUACUCACCCACUCCCAUGCAGUUUGAUGUGUAUUACAUACUGGGAUCAAUCAAAAUGUAUCCAAAGGCAAUUGGUUAAAUCAGUUAUAUAGUCUUUAAAGAGAAUGAAGCAAGUCUGAAUGUGCUGAUGUGGAAAGACAUCCAUGAAAUAUGGUUGUUUUUCAAAAUACAUAUUGUAGAAAAAUAUGACCCCAUUUAUGGUUUUUUUAAAUCAAAAAAUUUAUGCUUAUAUAUGGACAGAACACUUCUAUCAUUCAUAUAUAGGCAUUUGGGUAUAUAUAUCUAGAAUGAAAGCCAGACUCCUGAGAAUAGGAUUAGGGAGUGAGGAAAUGACUUUUUCUAUGUACACCUUCUUCUAGUGUUUGUUUGAGUUUUUUACUCUGGGCAUAAAUUUCAUAAUUUUUUUAAAUAAAGAAGAAAAAUGUCUGUCA